AUGGCUUCAAAACCUGAGAAGAGGGUCGCCUCGUCUGUCUUCAUCACCCUGGCACCCCCACGCCGUGAUGUGGCCGUGACUGAGGAAGUGAGGCAAGCAGCUUGUGAGGCCCGGCGUAACCGUCCUUGGGAGCUCAGGCCCCUGAAGGCAUCUGGGGCUGUCUCAGCCAGGAGGCCCAUCCCCUGGAUGCCCCCUGGAGCAGCUGCAGCAUUGGUCCCAGACGUUCCACCUCAGCUUUCCAAUGGAGGAUGCUCUCCUCCUCCUCCAAUCCUAGAUGGUGAGGACACACUUGUUGACCUGGAUCUCCUCCCACCUCCUCCGCCACCCCCUCCAGCGUUCCUGCCUCCUGACGAAGAGCCCCCCUCGUCAGUGGGAGGGUCACUCAUUUCAGACUUGGAGCAGCUGCAUCUGCCCCCGCCCCCAUCUCCACCCCCACCACAGGUUCUGUCAAAGGGGCCUCCUGUCCAGCCUCAGCCUGGUCGCCUCAGGCCCUCAGAGGAGCUGCCACCUCCCCCAGAAGAGCCUGUCAGCCUCCCUGAGAGAGAGGCAUCUACAGACGUCUGCGGCUUCUGCCACAAGCCGGUGUCCCCCCAAGAGCUGGCUGUGGAGGCCAUGAAGAGGCAAUACCACGCCCAGUGCUUCACCUGCCGCACCUGCCGCCGCCAGCUGGCCGGGCAGAGCUUCUACCAGAAGGAUGGGCGGCCCCUGUGCGAAUCCUGCUACCAGGACACUCUGGAGAAGUGUGGCCAGUGUGGAGAGGUGGUGCAGGACCACAUCAUCAGGGCCCUGGGCCAGGCCUUCCACCCCACCUGCUUCACCUGUGUGACCUGUGCCCGGUGCAUCGGGGAUGAGAGCUUUGCCCUGGAUGGCCAGAACCAGGUGUACUGCCUGGACGACUUCUACAGGAAAUUUGCCCCCAUGUGCAGCAUCUGUGAGAAUCCCAUCAUCCCCCGAGACGGGAAGGAUGCCUUCAGAAUCGAGUGUAUGGGAAGGAACUUCCACGAGAACUGCUACAGAUGCGAGGACUGCAGUGUCCUCCUGUCUGUGGAGCCCACGGACCAAGGCUGCUACCCUCUGAACAACCAUCUUUUCUGCAAGCCGUGCCACGUGAAACGGAGUGCUGCGGGAUGCUGCUGAAGCCCUGGCCAGGGUCCUUCCCUGACUUGGUUUCCCUUCCUCACCUGCUCUUGCACACUUUCCUCCUGAGCCUCACAGGACCAGUGGGCAGCUCAGCCUAUUUCUACAUGCAGGGGGUUCCUGGCACAGAGGUGGGUGCUGGUCCACAAUGUCCCCCAGACUCAAC